CGUUAUUUUAUUUCUCCAUUACUUUUUCUAACACGGUACGCUGCCCCUCGCUCGUCUUUCUCAGGCGCCCCUUCCCCCAACUUCAUCCGUAUUGCUACCUAUUCUGCAAGGGGAAUAAUGUCCCUGUCAUUGGGGGUGUUUUAACCCGGUCACUACGUUGCGAAGUUGUGGAGGGUUUUUCUGGUUGCCAUGGAUUUCUAAAAGCUAUUGACCGCGAUUGGGUCCCUGUGAGCGUCUUUGUAGGGGAAAAGCUAUUAUUUUUUUGAAAAGGGAAAGCGAUAGCAUCUUGGGAGAAACAGUCUCGUGUCAUUCCAGUUCCCCUGACCAAUUGCUCGCGUGUAGUUCCUCAGUAGUGGAGUGGAGGACCGGCUUCAAACGAAACCUGCCAGAGCAACAGCCGAAACUCUGCAGAAAGGUCCCACGUGUCGUGCAUGGCACAGAGUGAGAUGAACUGAGGCUUUGGCGGAGAGCUGCGUUCCUCACUUCUUCCCUGUACUCUAAGACUGCGGCGUGUGUGUGCGUGCGUGCGUGCACGCGUGUGUGUGUCUGUGGAAGCAUGAGGUGGUGUGGAAGGCCGGGCGUGGCCCUGUUCCUGGGCGUGGUCCUUUGCUUCAGCGGGACACCUGGCUCCAGUACCCUGGAUAUCCCGCUGGAGGUUUUAAGUCUGAUAAACAUCGAACAGCUCCCCACUAUCACAGCACAGUCCCUGAACACCGUGAUCGCCUUCCCAUUCGAUGAGAGUUACUCCAUGACGUGUGAAGCCAAAGGCAACCCUGAGCCUAAGUUCCAAUGGACAAAAAAUGGGCAGGAGUUUGAUCCUUACCAAGAACCCCGACUGCUUGCGGAGGAUGACUCGGGGACCUUCGUCAUUCCCAACAGCGGGAAUCUCACAGAAUUCCAGGGCAUCUACCGUUGCUACGCUUCAAACAAACUGGGCACGGCAAUAUCGGAGGAGAUCAAGUUUGUUGUGCCCCAUGUUCCGAAAUUCCCAAAAGAGAAAAUUGAUCCCAUCGUAGUGGAGGAGGGUCAGCCUGUAACUUUGAAAUGCAACCCUCCCAAAGGAAUCCCUCCUUUGCAAAUCUACUGGAUGACAAUAGGUCUCCAGCAUAUUGAGCAGGAUGAGAGGGUGUCCAUGGGCCUGAAUGGAAACCUGUACUUCGCCAACGCUCUGCAGAGGGACAGCCGUAGGGACUACUGCUGCUUCGCCUCUUUCCCCAGGAUCAGGACCAUUGUGCAGAAAACCGCCAUGUCUCUGGUGGUGAAAAGCACUGGGUUAAUGAGUGACUCAGCGUCAGAUAGCGGUCUUGCCAAUUCCAUUCUGAAGAGCAAACCAAGUCUUCUGUCGCCCUCUGGUGUUCAAACCUACACACACCUAGUGAAAGGAGAGGAGUUGUUGCUGGAGUGCAUUGCUGCAGGGAUUCCCACUCCAAAGGUUGAGUGGGUCAAAGUGGGCCACGGACUCCCCGAUCGAGCCAUCGUGGAGAAUCAUGGGAAGGUCCUGAACAUCCAAAAGGUCCAACAGGAGGACGAGGGCCAGUACAAGUGCAAGGCCAAGAACUCCUACGGCGAGGCCGUCCACUCCUUCCACGUCAUAGUGGAGGAGCCCCCUCAGUGGGACGCCAAGCCUGAGAGCCAGCUGAGCAUGAUCGGCUCCGAUGUGCUCAUCAAGUGCUCGGCCUACGGUAACCCCAAGCCCACCGUCUCGUGGAUGGUGAACGGCCUUCCUCUGAACGAGGUGCCGGCCACCAACAGGAAGGUGUUUGAUGAUAAGAUCAUCCUGCAUAAGGCCAGCUCCAGCGACAGUGCCGCUUAUCAGUGUGAAGCGUCCAACAAGCACGGCACCAUCUUGGCCAACGCCAACAUCAUGAUCAUGAACCUGCCGCCGGUGAUUGUGACGGAGGACAGCCUGCAGUACUUAGCCGUGGAGGGGAAAAGUGUGAUCCUGCACUGCAAAACCUUUAGCUCGCCACCCUCUAUCAUCACCUGGAGCAAAGAAGACAGUGCCGAUUUUGUAGAAGGGCCAAGGUUUCACCUCCAUGAGAAUGGCUCCCUGGAAAUCUCGGCAGUGGAGGAAGAGGACAUGGGAGAGUUUUCAUGCAUCGCCAAAAACGUGGAGGGCUUAUCGGCCAUCACCGCCAUCCUGGAAAUAAAAGAUCCCACCAGAAUAGUGGACCCACCGCUGGAUCUGCGCAUCCUGAUAGGAACCACAGCACAGUUUGCCUGUCAAGCUGAGUUCGACCAGUCCUUCAACCACGCCAUGGAGACAUUCUGGCUCAAAGACGGGGUGGUGAUAGCACUCAACGAGACUGAGAAUAUGGGCUAUUUAGUGGAUGAUGGGAUCCUCCAGAUUGCCAACGUGAGCUACUCAAACCAGGGCAGAUACUCAUGUGUGGUCCGAAGCCCGGUGGACCAAGAUAUUGCGUCGGCACAGCUGAUCGUUCUGGAUGUCCCUGAUGCACCAGAAGACCUGAUGUUGUCGGAACUCAGCGGAAAGAGUGUGAAGCUGAAAUGGAUCCCGGGGGACGACCACAACAGCUCAACCACCGAGUUUGUCAUCGAGUUCGAGGAGAGCCAGCGGGAGCCGGGCAUCUGGCGCGAGGCGCAGCGGGUCCCCGGCAGCCACACCUCGGCCACGCUGAAGCUCCACGGCCACGCCGACUACCGCUUCCGCGUGUCCGGGGUCAACGAUGUGGGCACAGGGCGUCCAAGUGAGCCGUCGGAGAACUACAAGACUCCCGCGAGAGCUCCUGACAAGAACCCUGAAAAUAUCAAAAUCGAAGGUCAUUUGCCACAUGAAAUGGAUAUUAACUGGGAGGCUCUGGCGCCAAUCGAGCAUAACGGCCCAGGCCUGGAAUAUAAAGUGAGCUACCAGCGGCAGGGUUCAGACGAGGACUGGCAGGAACACAUGGUGAAGAGGCACUCUUUCGUGGUGACGGACACCCCCACAUUUGUCCCGUAUGAGAUCAAGAUCCAGGCCCGAAAUCACAAAGGCUGGGCGCCCGAGCCCCGCAUCCUCACUGGCUACUCGGGAGAGGACUUUCCGUCUGCUGCCCCAGAUGAUGUGGCGGUGGAGGUGCUGAACAACACGCUGGUGAAGGUCAGCUGGAUGCGUGUCCACAAGGACAAGCUGCACGGACAUCUGGGAGGCUACAGGGUCAACUGGUGGAGGCUUCGUGGUUUGCUGGCCUCGAAGAAAAGCCACGGGGAGAAGCACACCCUGACAUUUCCUGGGGACAGGAACAACGCCAUGGUCCCUGGACUGAGGCCCUUCUCUGAAUACAGCCUGAUUGUCAUGGUGUUCAAUGGGAGAGGAAACGGACCCGGCAGCCACCCGGUCACCUUCAGAACCCCGGAAGGAGUGCCAGACCAGGUAUCCGUUCUCAGGAGCACUGAUAUCCAGAAGCGCUCUGUCUCUCUCACCUGGUCUCCUCCUAUAGAACCCAAUGGGGUUCUCACAGGGUACCUCCUCCAGUACCAGCUGAUCAACGACACAGAGGAGGUGGGGCCUCUGCUCUCCGUCAACAUCAGCGACCCGGACACCAACAAGUGGCUCCUGCAGGACCUGGAGGCCUUGAGCAAGUACAAGUUCUACCUGCGGGCGUGCACCAGACUGGGCUGUGGCCCCGCUGCCAGCGAGGAGUGCACCACCACCCCAGAGGCCCUCCCUGCCUUAGUGAACGUUAGUUCCUCAGUUAGCGACAGCUUUGCAAAUAUCAGCUGGAUCCCUGGUGGCGAGCCAAAGGAUUCAGAGUUAUAUGUUGCGUAUAUGAACAACCGUAAUGGUAACUGGAAGAUGUCAGAGGCAUUAAACACCUCAAAGACUUUCCACAUCAUUGAAGGGCUUGAACCUGGGACUGAGUAUACAGUGCGACUAAUGACUAAGAACCGGGUUGAUAAUUCUAGUAUUUUUGAAGAUGUUAUCAAGACCAGGGCCAAAGGUCUGGCCAGUAUCCACGGAGGCGUAUCCACGCAGGGUUGGUUCAUUGGCCUGAUGUGCGCCGUGGCUCUCCUGACCCUCAUCGUGCUCAUAGCCUGUUUCGUCAACAGAAACAAAGGAGGAAAAUACUCAGUGAAAGAAAAGGAAGAUCUCCACCCCGAUGUAGAGUCCCAGGGGAUGAAUGAGGACACAUUUUGUGAAUACAGCGACAAUGACGAGAAGCCGCUGAAGGGGAGCUUGCACUCAACCAGCGGAGACAUCAAACCGGCGGACAGUGGCGAAAGCCUGGCGGACUACGGUGACGAGGAGGCCCAGUUCAACGAGGACGGCUCGUUCAUUGGCGAGUACACCGGCCGCAAGGAGAAGCCACCCACAGAGAACAAAGGAAACAGUCAAAGUACGGCGUGAGGUGUGUGUGUGUGUGUGUGUGGUGGGAGAGCAACGCCGUUCAUCUUUACGACCAGGGUUCCAUUCAAACACUGUUUGUUUUUUGUUGUUUUUGGUCAGGGGAGGGCAGAAAAAAUAAAUGACAUAAUCUAUCGGAAGCACAACUUCAUGUGAAUAUUAAUGUAUUAUUGUCAGCCACACUGUCUUGCUCGUUUUACAAGGCUUAGUUUAUUGCAUAUUGUAACUGAUCUAUCAUUUCCAAAUGUAUAUAUAUAUGUGUGUAUGUGUGGGUGUUUUAUAUCACUGCAAAUCAGUCAAGACUUCUCAGAGCUGCUGGCACUUGCUUUUUUUUGUAAAUGCAGCUACUGUUUGUAAUCCUCCCAGGUGUCAGAGAGCCUUUCUCAUGUCUGUGUUUGGUUUUCAUUUUGUAGCAAAGCAAAGUAUGUGAAAAUUUGAACAUGUUAUUUUUCAGUUGAAGCAAAUAUUAUUGACAUUUUAUAUUUCAGAUGCAUUCAUUAAAUGUGAUUUAAUAUGCA